AUGCCAGAAAGCCCACCCACCAAGCGCUCGUCUGCUGUGCCCGACGCCAGCGGUGCACUUGGUUCACCCAUCAGCUUCCGCAACCGCAGGGGCUCAGUCGCUUCUGUUAGCUCCACGAUUGAUAAGGAACAACUUUCUUAUGCUCUCGACCGUAUCCACGAUACCGCGAGCCGUGCCGAAUCCUUGACGACCUUCAACGACUUUGCACCGCCCCCGCUACCGACAUCCUCGACCGACCCCAAGGGCGGGCCUGGCGAAAUCGUCACCCAGGGCUUCAGUGGUCUGUAUAGCAGGUUUCGAGAAGCUGUGGGGGUCGGGAAUACCCCCGCCAAGAAAACACAGGAUGGCCUGGAGGCUGAGGCUGAUCUAGGUGGGCGAGCGUCGAGGCAAUCGGGGUCGUCCGCAAGCCGUCAGGAUACUGGGCAGAGCGCAUCACCCUCAAAGCUAUCGCGCCAUGAUACAAUAACCGAUGGAGCAUCGACCGUCAGUAUCCCAGAAGUGCUGGACAACCGCUCAACGAGCUCUCAGCAGUCAAAACCCAACAGCAUGAGCCUUAUGACCGGACCCAAGUCUCAAGCCUCCAAUCGCCAGAGCCUACCGACCAACGCUACAAGUUCCGUCGUAGCCCACCCACCAGUGCUCUCAAAGGAGGAGAAUGGGCGCAGCAGGCUGGCUUCGCAGGACAGCACUGGAGAUUCUGCUCGGAGGAGCUUGAGUCGCGUUGACCUUGAAGCACGCCUAGCGAACUUGGAUCCGUCGCUCUACGAUACCAAAGAAGGGAAGUUACCACCCCGUGCUCAUCGCGACGACAGCUCGAGCAUUGCCAGCGCGGACACGACUAAAAGCCCCGCCAAGAUGGCCACCCCGCCGAUCCCAAGCAUCCAGACACGACAACUGCGGACACCAUCGGGAAGCUCACUCCUCUCGCCAGAUGAUAUUCCAAGACGACCGACUGCAAUCAGCCGCCUCAGCUACAACCGUCCUGCCGGCUCCCGGGACUCGUCCACUGAUCGUGGCACAGCAGCAGCAAGCCCUGUCAGUAUCUCCGCCAAUAAUUCAGUACACCAUGACAACUUCUCCAAAGAGUCCAAUUCCAACAAGAAAUCAGCCGCCAACCUCAGCUACGAAGGGGACAAGUUUGGUGUCUCGGGUACGCUGCGCGUUUGCAAGCGAUGCAUGGAAGUUAUCAGCCGGCGGUUUGAUGCCAGCGGCUCCGAGGACUCCGGGGACGACCAUGCACCCGUCUUUUCCAGAAUGAUGGGCGGUGGACGGUCGCGGUCACCCCUUGCCCCUGGACGUGCCCCAGUAAAAGGGAAGGAUAAGGAGGCUGUUAUCAUUUCAGAGGGCUCGGAAGAUGCACGUCCUAUCACAACACCAAUGAUGGCGAUUCCCGCCACUCGACGCAAGCGCGAUUCUACGCACAGGUCCUCAGCGAUAUUGGAGAUCGACGCCCCUCAGCAGCUGAGUAGACCUGGCUCGUCAAGAUCACUCAAGUCACUUGCAUCUGGAAGACCACAGUCCUCAGCCGGGCACAAGCGACAUCAUUCGAAACAUGGCUUCUUGGGGCGAUUCAAGCCUCAACCAGAGCAUAGAGCCCCUUUCCGGAAAGGGAUCGAGGAGGAAGCCUCCAAAAAGCCCAAGCUUCCCGCAUUCCACGAUGACAACAUCAUUGACCCGGAACUUGCCGACUAUAUGUCGGAUGAGUCCAGCGGCGAUGAACAAAUGGGUUUGUUCACUGCCAUGUCGAACGCGGACGCUAUGUCGGGGAGUUUUGAGCUUGAUCGUUCCAACACGUCAGCUUCACUCAAUGCGGGCCGAAGACAUCGUCAUAGGGCAGGCGAAAAGAGCAUCAGCGGCUUCAGUGGCAGGGGACCAUUCGACGACGUCAACGGGCCUGCGAGCCUGAUUGGUCAUCGGAAAUCCCAACGACGGCGCAAUCUCAGCAAUGUCAGUGGUAGUGUUCACAACCUUCCCUCGCCAAGGCCAAAAUCAGGCAUCCUCAAGGGACCGACAACGUCCACCGAGCAUCCGGUGUUUCUGGAUCACCAGAUGACGCACACUCCACAGAUCACUAGGAGCGAUUCUUUGCUAAAGAGAGCACCGAAAGUGGAGUUGAACAAAUUCAGUGUCCGCCACGUCCACAGACUGCUCCAUCAACUUCUUGUGGAUGACGGCUUCCGCGAACCUGGUCCAUGGCAGAAGGCCCUGGUUCCGAUCCUGCUGCAAGCCACGGACGAUGUAGAUCCCGACGUCACUACUGGAGAAGACAUGGACAUCAGACACUACGUGAAGCUCAAAAGGAUCCCGGGCGGCAAGCCAGGCGAUACGUCCUAUGUUUCUGGGGUCGUGUUCACCAAGAAUGUCGCUCUGAAGAGCAUGCCUCGCAAGAUUGACAACCCUCGCAUUGUACUCGUCACAUUUCCUGUCGAGUAUCAGCGUCACGACCAACACUUCAUGAGUUUGCAACCAGUGAUUGAACAGGAAAAGGAGUUCCUGCGAGUGGUUGUGCAAAGAAUCACCAAUCUCCGUCCUCAUGUGCUGCUUGCAGAGAAGGGUGUGUCUGGUGUAGCCCUGCAGUAUCUAUCGGAGGCCAACAUCGCGGUCGUUUACAACGUUAAGCACACAGUGAUCGAGGCGGUGUCUCGCUGCGCAGAAACUGAAAUUGUUACCUCGCUUGAUAUGCUGGCCCUACCUGUCAGGGUUGGCCGUUGCGCCAAUUUCGAGGUACGAACUUUUGUCAAUAACGACCAUCCUGGGCGGAAAAAGUCGUACAUCUUCUUGUCAGGAUGCCGGCCCGACUUGGGUUGCACGAUUGCCCUCCGAGGUACAGAUCAGUCGCACCUUGGCAAGAUCAAGUCAAUUGUCGAGUUCAUGGUCUAUGUUGUGUACAAUCUCAAGCUCGAAUCAAGUCUUCUCAGGGACGAGUCCGUCGAGGCACUAGAGUCGGGCGAGGCGUCACUGUCAAAUUCAAUACUGGCCGAACAAAGCUUCCAUUCUGCCAGCAGCACGAGUGGCAUCGGCAGUGGUGGCCAGGCAGCCGUUAUCGAUGCGCCAUCAGAAAUCAACCAAACCUCCCAACUUGCAGCGGAGUCCUUGUCAAUCGGCGAAAGAGACGGCCAAGUGACAGGCCCAUUUGGAACAUCUGUUGAGGGCCAAACCACAGUGUCGCCGGAAGCACAGGACAGUGAUCUGGCUAGUCAGGUUCCAGACGAUGUGCCGAUGCCGACAUAUUACAGCGACAUGAUUGCUAAAUACGAGACCAAAGUCCUCUCCGCUUCGCCAUAUGUCAAGUUCGCUCAACCAUAUCUGCUGAUGAAGGCACGAGAGCAGGAAAGACGGCUAUUCUACUUACGGCGUCUCCUUAAUCAUGGGAUUGAAGCUGAGGAGGAGCCCGUUGAGGACGAUGAAAGUAUCCCGGAAAAGGCUGCCGGAGAAAAGAAAGCAGAAGAGCCGCAGGCCGCUGAUGAAACAGACCAAAGCGAGAAGGGGCGCGCAAAUCCAGAACUGGAAACCUCGUCCGCUGUUAUUCCAACCCAGAGAAAGCUUGGCAAGAAGGGUCGAGCUCAGACGUUUCAAUUAAUUCGACCUGAAAUGGUUGAAAAGAUUGGCCAGAAAGCCCCCAGACAAAUGAUGGAGAUCCUCCACGCCGUUCAUGAUGCCGAGUACGAUAAGGCCUUGUUCAAUUACAGAACUCAGACAAGACAUUGGGAGACCUACAUUCAAGGCAAUCUUGAUCUCUUCGAUCCAUAUUCGCACCAGAAUAUUGUGGUGCUGUAUUCGGUUAUCUGUACUGAUACCAAAAUCCCCUGCACUGAACCAGGUCUGGUUGCGAUCAACUUUUACGACGAACAAAGAUACGACUCUGAGAUGGAUCCUGAUAGCUCACUCGGGCAAUAUAUCGAAGAUUUGAUCUACAGCAAGGACGAUAUAUGUACUGCCAAUGGCUGUGAGCGCAAAAUGAUAGAGCAUCAUCGGACAUAUGUCCACGACCAGUCACGUAUCACGGUCUUUGUUGAACGAAUGCCGGACGCAUCGCCGAAAAGGGGACAUGCAGGCGACAUUAUGAUCUGGACUUACUGCAAAGUUUGCCAGAAAGACUCCGAGGAAAUGAUGAUGUCUGACUCCACCUUCAAAUACUCUUUUGGUAAAUACCUGGAGUUACUGUACUGGGGUCGUGGCCUGAAGAUGAAAGACAGCGUUCAUUGCCCACAUGACCAUCGCCGCGACCACAUCCGCUACUUUCGCCUGGGAAAUUCCCGUGUUCGGAUACACUGGGAUCCUAUCGAUCUUCUGGAGAUUGUUGUCCCUCGCGCGCGCAUCACUUGGAAGGUGGCGAAUGACCUGAAACUCAAAAACGACAUUUACACCAAAAUGGAGGAGCGCUGGAACAGGUACAUGACUUCGGUCAAAGCCCGUCUCAAAGGUAUCCGCAUCGACAGUGUGCUGCCGGAGAAGGCAGAUGUAUGCAGAGCCGAGGUGGAUAGGCUGGCAAAGAAAGCCAGCGAAGACCAGCCCAACAUUGUUCGUGAGCUGCAGGAGAUUUACGUCAAUACAAAAUACUACGAGGUGGUCCCCUUCAACAAGAUCACCCGGAGGAUGUUGGAGCUCGCUGGCGAGUGGGACACGGCCUUCACCAAGUUUGAGGCGGACUUCCUGGGCGACAAAGACAUGAGACAGCUCACUAUGCUUCAGCUCAAGAAGAUGUUUGCUGACAACGAAUCCAAGGACUCACUUGUUUCCAAUGAGGGUUCUGGGUCGGUCGGCGAUAGUGAAGAGCCAUCCCAAACCUUUACGGAGCCAGAUGAGAAGAGCACGCAGCCCACGGACUGCACGGACAACACCAGCAUGGAAGCCAGUGCUGCUGCAUCGACGAUCAACAUAGAGGACCAUGUCGCUUCCGCGGAAGACGAGAAAGUCUCAAUUCCCGACGAAGGUGCAAUCGAAAGAGUUGAUGCCCUGGACUUGGCUGGCUCCCCUGCCGCUAUGAAAGACUCCGGCAGCGCCCCUCGGGCAACGACGGAAAACACCGCGACUCAAGCCCCCGCAGUACCUGUCUCUGCACCGGAGGCUCCCAGACCGUCAGCCUCGCCCCAAGGAACGGACAGAUCCGUGUCAGAGUCACCAUUGCCUACUCUCACGCUUGGCGAGAGAGUUGACCAGAAGCGGCGCGAACAAGCUUCACACCCUCCCCAGCUCGGUCAGUCGGAUGGAGUCAGUAUACCAUCUGCUCCCCCUGAGGGGCCCAGAACAUCCAUGGAGCGCCGCAGCAGCCGGCUCUCCGGUGCCGCCGUCUCGCCACCACUGACACGCAGCGUGACUCAGCCUGCUAGACCUCUGCCUAGAUCGCAGUCGUCUUCUGGUAAAGCGAAAGUUUUUAGGGACGGGAGGACAGGUGCCGCAGAUUCACCGCCACCAGAGCAGCAAGCCGAGCCGUCGAUGAAAGUGGAUAAGAAACUUUCUGAGCGUUUAGGUCUUGCGGCCUUGAAAAAUCGUUCCAAAUCAGGGCAGUCGAGCAUACCCCGCCUGGUCUCGAAAAAGAGAGAAUCCAGGGUGUCGACGCUUGCGAAGCACUUUGAGCAGCUCAGUCGAGAGUUUGAACGGGAGCGCAUUCGUGACCGUAAGAAGCGCGCCGACACUAUGAGGACGCCUCGGGCAAUGCUGCCUAGAACGUCAACCAAGGCUAUCAUUGAGGUAUACGACGAUGUCAAGGAAGCAUUCGGUGAGCCGGCACAAUCUGCUGAACAAGUUCCUGAGAAAGCACCAGACAAAGUAGCCCGAGACGAGGCGCCUGAGCCUGCCCCUGCCACCGGACCAGUUGCGACCGUUGGGCCUCAAGAAGACCAUCCUCAUCUCGGAGACGGAGCUUCAAGUCCCAAAAACGUAAAAAAGGAAGAAAAGGUCGAGGCAGAGCAGCUAUCCACGACCCAGCCAAGCCAAGGCACGGCCUCCGACGAUGAGGCGGGCGCCAGUGACGCUGAACCAACAGUAUCAGACGACUUUCUGCCUGGCAUCAAAGAGAUUGCAGACUCCCUGGAGCCAAGCACAGAAAUUCCCUUGGAACUGCCGAAACACCAGCGGACCAGUUUGAUGAAAUAUCUGACAAACUUUUGGGCGGAACGGUCAGCCAGUGGGUGGCCUGCUCUGGACUAUCCUGUCACGGGAAACGACCACAUAUUUGUCGAUUCCGACAUUAUUGUCCGCGAGGAUGAACCGAGUUCGGUCAUUGCUCUUGCACUCAACAGUGGAGACUACAAGGACAAGCUGACCCAGAUCAGAGGUGAGGCGCAUGCUUCUGCGCAACAGGAACAGGCGGAUGCGGCUGGCUCCAGGCCCUCAUCGAUGUCUGCGUCCGAAAAGGCCACCGAGAUCCUGGACGGGACCGAGCUUGAGAAGAGUCUGCUACGCGCCACGGGCACCCAUCUCAAGUACCAGUUCAAGGAUGGUGCAUCCGUCAUGACCUGCAAAAUCUUUUACGCCGAGCAAUUCGACGCGUUGCGCAGAAAAUGCGGUGUGGCGGAACGUAUUGUCGAAUCGUUGUCAAGAUGUUUGAAAUGGGACUCCAAGGGUGGCAAGACGAAGUCUGUGUUUCUGAAGACAUUAGAUGAUCGGCUGAUUCUCAAGUCGCUGUCCCCUGUCGAAACAUCCGCCUUCCUUCGCUUUGCACCUGGGUACUUCAGUAUCAUGGCCGAGUCGCUGUUCCAUGACUUGCCGUCUGUGAUUGCGAAAAUGGUCGGAUUUUUCCAAGUCCUCAUAAAGAAUCCAACAACCGGUGUGGAUGUCCGGCUGGAUUUGCUCGUCACUGAGAACUUGUUCUACGACCGGUCGCCAACGAGGAUAUUUGACCUGAAAGGCUCCAUGCGCAACCGCAAGAUCCAAUCAACCGGUGAACAGAACGAAGUCCUUCUCGACGAGAACAUGGUCGAGUUCAUCGCCGAGUCGCCUCUUUUCGCGCGGGAGCACUCCAAGAAGCUGCUUAGGGCGUCCGUCUGGAAUGACACGCUGUUCCUGGCCCGCCAAAAUGUGAUGGACUACUCCCUCAUGAUCGCAGUGGACGAGGACCGCAAAGAGCUUGUUGUGGGUAUCAUUGACUGCAUUCGAACAUACACUUGGGACAAGAAACUGGAAAGCUGGAUCAAAGACCGGGGGUUUGCAGGCGGCGGCAGAAACAGACCCACGGUGACGAGUCCGAAGGAGUACAAGAACCGGUUCCGAGAGGCCAUGGCGAGGUACAUCCUUCAGUCGCCCACAUGCUGGCACUUGUUCAACUAUCCCAACUACCCACAUUAUUCGCGAGCCCGGUUCGAGGACGAUAAAUAA